UGAUAUGACAGAACACUGCUGUUUAACGUGUGAAACCUAAUGCCUUGUUGAUGCCUGAUCUGAUGGACCGAAACAGACCUUCCCAGAGGAGAUUUUCAACAAAAACUUCAAGGAAAUGUACAAAGGAAGCAGAUUUUUUCCUUGUGGUUGAAGUUUAACAACAGAAUGUCUCAGUCAGACAUUCAAUACACCAAACUGCGAUGGAUACUAACCAUUGCUGGACUGGUCUUGUACGUGGCGGACAUUUGCACAGACAUUGUACUGGCUCUAAAAUAUUUUCAAGAGGAGCAUUAUGUUUGGAGUGGACUGACUUUAGCCUUUGUUCUGAUGGGGCUACUGGUCACACAGAUCUUCAGCUACUCCUGGUACUGGGACGACCUGAAUGAUACUUUUACAAAUCCAGAGGGAAAAUCAACCAUAUCAGGCAUGUCCAAAGAUAGACUCACUGUCCUGCAUUUAUUUGGAAUGGGCAUCUUUACCAGGUAUUACCACCUUCUGCAGAAAGGGUUCAGUGUGGUUUGGACCGCAUCCAAUUCUUAUAUGGUGGAGGAGACAAGGGAUGUGCACCAGAAGCUGUUUGGCCUGGCGACUGAUCUGAGCAUGCUCAAACUGUUUGAGGCCUUCCUGGAGAGUGUCCCCCAGCUCCUCCUGCAGCUGUAUAUACUGCUGGACCAGAAGGAGGUCUCGGUCAUGCGGUGUUUGUCCAUGGUCUUCUCCUUCUUUAACAUUGCAUGGGCCCUUGUGGAUUAUCGCCGUUGCCUGCGUAGAUCCCUUCCUCAGAUCCAGGAGAUGCCCUCUGGCCUCCCCACUUUGAUUUACCUCCUCUAUAAACUCUUCACCAUCACCAGCCUCAUUCUCAGCUACAGCCUCCUCCUAAGGCUGAGCACCUACAGCACCAUAGCGCUCACCAUCAUCUGGCUGGUGGCUACAAUCUGGACGCACUUUCUUCAAACCAACUUCUGCACAACAAGAAAGCUGGAGUUCCUCUACCGAGCUGUCAUCGGAUUCAUCCUCACAUUCACUUUUUUCAAUGUUAAAGGACAGGACACCAAAAUGGAAAUGACUGCUUACUACUUCUUCUACUGUCUUAUAAACAUUACAGCUCCAACUCUGCUGGCUUUGCUGAGGCCAGAGCUUCAGACAGCCAUGUUUUUGCUGACAGUCAGUGGUUUAAUCUUGGGAGGUUCAGUUCUGGGCUUAGUGUGUCUGAUGUCCUACUACGUCUUCCUGCACCCCAGAGGGAAGAUACAGGAAGCGGACGAAGUGGACGGCCUGGCAAAAGAAAAAGACACCACAAGGAGAAUUAGAAAAUUCUUGCAACCUUAAGCACUGCAAAAAUCUAAAUCUUACCAAGUGUAU